ACUACCAGCCCCAUCCCCAACAUACAUCUCCCUGGGAGGGAGAGCCAGCAAGGCAUAUGUUCUUGGGCAGAGAUGGAGGCCUGAGUAUGUCUUGGGAAGAGAAGAGGAGACAGCUAGACAACUAGGAAGGAGCUUGGAGCUAUCAAGACACAACAGCAUCACGGGAACAAUGGAAAGAGGACCAACAAAGAGGCAGACAAGGCAUCCCCAUCAGGGACAGCCAAGCCGACUGAGCAGGAGGAGACAAGAGAGCCCCAGGCAUAGCUAGAGCAGGUGCUGACUACAUGUUUUGGAAUAAAUGAAGGAAGGACAAAUGAAGGAAUGAGGAAGCAAAACAAAGCAGGAACAAAUGGUAUGGUAGACAGUGCAGUGAGAGAAAAGACCAGGUCCAAGGAAGUUGGAGGUGGUCUCAGAUCAUGUCCCCUUCUUGAUGACAUCUCUGCAAUUAGAUGAGGAACUGGAGACACGUGACUUGGCCCAGGCCAUUUAGCCUUGCAGAGCAGUUCUAGGUUCCUGACCUCCAGGUUAGUCUUCAGUGCUCGACCUAAUGGAAGAAGUCCCCAUCGGUUCCCACCCGCCCUGGGACAGGAAGGUGGGAGAGAGAAAAGAGUGUCCAAAAAGAGAGACUGGGGCUUUGGCCAUGGGAACCACAGAGAUGUCAGCGAUGAGGAGGCUGGAGAGGAGCUGGGCCCAGCUCUCGGAGCAAGAGCUCCACUACGCAUCUCUGCUCCCCAUCCCCGGCAGUGAGAGGCCUGACCCAGGCCACAGGGAAGGCACCAAGGAAGACCCCAGCACCGAAUAUGCCUGCAUUGCCAAGAACUAAGCUACCAGAGCUUCCCCCAGAUGCCUCCCUGAACUCAGGCCGACCCUGCGGUCCACCCAGUAAACACUGUGUCUCGCCA